CUAGGCCUCGCGAGCAUGGUAUUUGCGUUCUUUCUCUCGCCUUGAGCUUCUAUGACUCUCUCUCUCUCUCUCUCUCUCUCUCUCUCAUCAUCUUUCAGGGCAGGUCGCCGAAGCGCAACAGAUACAGCUCGUCGCCGCGAUCUCUUUCACGAAGCCCCGUCAGGGACCGGGAUGUUAGUGCGAAUCCUGGUAACAACUUGUAUGUGACUGGGCUUUCGACGAGAGUGACGGAGUCAUGGCUCGAAGAGUACUUUGCCAAGGAAGGCAAGGUUAUAGAAUGCUGCCUGGUAACUGAUCCUCUUACUAGAGAGUCCCGAGGCUUCGGAUUUGUGACGAUGGACACAGUUGAAGAUGCCGACAGGUGCAUCAAAUACCUCCAUCGCUCCAACUUGGAUGGACGCUCCAUCACCGUGGAAAAGGCCAAAAGAAAACGCGCCCGGACUCCAACUCCUGGCAAGUACCUCGGUGUGAGGAGUGCGAGAGAAGUCUCCUACUCAAGGAGACGCAGCGAGUACAGGCAUUCUUCAAGGAGGGGAUACUCGCCAUCUUCUCGUGGCAGAAGGGAACGCUCAGCGUCGCCUGGCUACUCUCCCUACCGGAGCCCUCGACGAGGCCGAUCGUACCGACGUAGCUCAUACUGCUCAUCGCGAUCGAGGUCGGCGUCAUCAUACUAAAGAUAAAAAAAAGAGUCCAUAGGUAAACACUGUUCUCAUUUUGGCAUCGUUAUCCUCAGGUAUAGGGAAUUCAGUGAUCUAGUGAGCUUGUGUU